CAGGACCAGCGACCGGUCGACUCAUCGAAGGGUCAGCAGGGCCCGGGCCCCGGUUUCGAUAUAUCUGCAUGGGUCGUCCUCGCAGUGAGCAGUAGUGGUUGAAAUCUUGCACAUCGACACAAGUUGCAAGGUGGAAGAUGGAUCCUGGCUAUGAUGGCUAUGGACAGUAUGGCCACCAAAACAGCCAUGGACAGUAUGGUGAUCCAGGAGGGAUGCCCAAUCAGGGGCAGUAUGGUCAGAACCAGGGACAAUAUGGUCAGAACCAGGGACAAUAUGGCCAGAGUCAGGGACAGUACAGUCAGUAUGGAGGCUAUGCUGGCUACCCGCCGCAGCAGUCACCAGUAUGCUGGUUAUGGGUACGAGCCGCCGCCGUCUGCACGGCCGCAGCAGCAGCAGCAGCGCGCGCCACCGGCCAGUCCGUACGGCCAGCCCUUCCCCGGCGCCGACGUGCUGCAGAACCCGAUGAUGCAGGACAUGGCCAUGCAGUACGGCCAGAACGUGCUGGGCCAGGGCCGCCAGGCGGUGGAGCGGAGCAUGGAGAAGUACAUGUCGAUCUCGCGGCUGAAGUACUACUUCGCGGUGGACACGGCCUACGUGAGCCGCAAGCUGCGGCUCCUCUUCCUGCCCUUCACCAACUCGGACUGGUCGGUGCGGUACAGCUCGGAGGAGCCCAUCCAGCCGCGGCACGAAGUCAACGCCCCCGACCUCUACAUCCCCAGCAUGGCAUUCAUCACCUACAUCUUGGUGGCUGGCUUCCUGCUCGGCAAGCAGCAGAGGUUCAGCCCCGAGGCGCUAGGCAUGCAGGCCAGCUCAGCCACCGCCUGGCUGGUGUUCGAAGUUGUGGUCGUGCUAUUCACAAUGUACGUCAUGAACACACAGACCAACCUGCGCACCUUCGAUAUCAUCGCCUUCUCCGGAUACAAGUUCGUGGGGAUGAUAAUUACUUUGCUGUCCAGUCUGUUUUUGGACAGGACUGGGUACUACUGCGUGCUGCUCUACUGUAGCGCCAUGUGCGCAUUGUUUUUGGUGCGAACGCUGAAGGUGCAGCUGCAACCGAUGCAGGAGGACCUGCAGGGCGGCAGCGGCGUCAAGCGGCGGCUGUACCUGCUGCUGCUCAUCUCGGCCGCCCAGCCAAUCAUGAUGUACUGGCUCACCACACACCUCGUCUUCUUCGCUCCGCCGCUGCCCGCCUUCGACCCGCUGCCGCCCAGCGCCCUCUGAUCGCCAGCCGGUGCCCUCUGAUCGCCACCCGGCGCCAUCUGACCGCCGCCCGGCGCCCGCUGGUCGCCGCCCGGCGCCCGUCUGGUCGCCGCCCGGUGCCCUCUCGUCGCCGUCCGUCUCACGGACCGCGUGAGAUGAGACCGGUGGCUGCUGUCCGCCGACCUGGGCUGGCGGUCCGGCUGGAGUGCGGCGGUUCUGGGCCGUGGCCGCUCUGCUGGCGGCGGCCAGCCAUCGACGACGGGCGGGAGUCGCCAGUGCGCUGUGAUUGUACCCGGUGCAGUGAGCUUUGCGUCGUUAACCCUUCUGAGCGAGGUCGUCGUGUCGGUGUCUACUGCCGGGACCCGUCUUGGUGGGCGUGGAUCCCGCGACAUUACGGUCCUGUCGGGGCCGACUCGUGUCGGCUGCAGACGACCCUCCGGCGACCGUGGUACGGGUGGAUCGUGGCAGACAGUCAGUUGGCCGGCCGCCUCCCCAGGCCGAGACGAAAUAACACGGCGCCUGUGCGGUUUUAGCCCCAGCUGGCUAUGCCAUCGGGCCGGUAGGUGCUUGGUCGUUUCGAUUCUUACGUGCGGACGGCUGCCCGUCAUCUGUCGAUACAGAAAUCAUGCCGAAGAUAGGUCUAGUUUCUGGCGAAGCUUAAGCUGGGGGCAUGCAUGUUGUUCUGCCAGUUUCCUUUCGGCCAGGCUCGAAAUUAUUGCUCAGAAUGGGACCAUCGGCUGCACGUUUAUGAACAUCGUCAAAUCACGAAUGCAUAUUUUUUGGUGGCCCACCGGCAUACAGGUUUUAUAUGGUGGUGUCCUUGUGCCUCCUUGGUGGUGGGCACCCUAGUCUUGAAACACGUUCACUCAUCCAUUUCCUGCCGAAACGAAACGCGUGAUUUCUGCGCUCGCUGUUACGCAGUUGGGUGGGUUUGCGCACGUCGCUUCCUAUCGACCGAAGCCGUCGUUCGUUUGUGAAGUCCGCCAUCCGUGUCGGCCCUGCGGCCGCGCGGGCCGGUCCGUGUCGGCAUCCUUCCGCCUGCCAGGUCACGGCUGCGAUCGUAUGUGACGACGAGAGGUCAGCCGGUACCAUCGCUCGAACACCCACACCCCGUCCGGACGGGCAGAUCACAGGCCUCGUCGGCUGGCAGGUUAUGCAUUAUCAGCUGCCUCACCUGAUCAACACCAAAUGGAGUGUGGUCGACGCCCAGUGGCGCCGGGGCCGCGUGGGGUGUCCCGUACGGUGCUGCCAGAUAAUCCUUGUGGGGCUCUGAGCGGAUAGUGUGCAACGCGUCAGCCAAAUCCGGUGUUUGUAUUGACUAUGGGCGUUGCAGAGCCCAUGCGAAACUCGUCGGCCGGUGUUGACCUGGCGCAUGCGGCGCGCACGCGUCGAGGUCGGUCGGCGCGGUGCUGCCACCUGUCGGCCCAAGGCUCUCCUGACGGAUGAUAUAUCGUGGUGCUGGGUCGAGGCGCAGGGAUAAAGCGAUCUUCGCACGACAACGUGCGCCAUCUCGCUGGGCGGGUUCCCCGCAGCCUGACUGACUGAGUAUGAUAUUUCGGGGAGUUAUUGAAUAGUCGAAUGCGUCGUUGGAUCCGCGCUGUAUUCUAUCGGUGGCAGCGGUUCGCUUGCGUAGGAGUCUGGUGUAGUGUUGAGUUGCCGUGACUAGCGCGUGCUGUGUCAUAUCUGCUGAGCCAAGUUCAGAGUGAUCUUGGUGAAAUUGUGAUCGUUGUACUGCUGGUCUGGCCUUGUUUAAUAAGAUAAUGAGACUUCAAGGUUAUUUGGCUGUCUCAUUGGACAGAAAGUUUCGCGGGCUGAUUGCUAGAGGUCUUCUGGCCGUCCAAUGUCAUAUCUAAGUGAGUCCUGCACCGUGGAAGUCCCUCUCCCACGCCUUGGGCUUGGACAAAGUGUCUUGCAGGGAACUAGAGUCAAGAAUUACGGAAUGUUGCCGGCAGUCGCGUUUUGCGGAAUGUCAUGGUGUCAUGGAAUGCUUUCAACUUGCCAUGUCCCUGUGAGACCACUGCGCCGGACUCCCCCGACGAUGGGUGAGCAUCGCCCUUUUGUGGUGGGACGUACGAUACCAGACAAAAAUGAUUGGAUGAUCUGAAAGCAACGAACCACCGUCAAUGCUUCUCAUUACUACUUCAGACUGCAUCGUCCCAACCUGCCAUGCGACGUCCGCACAUUCUUUGUCACUGUCUUCAAGGCAGGGAUCUGCAGUAAUGUAUUAAUGGUUCAAAAACGGUGGUCCGAGGAUGGAUUAUCUAUGUAUCUAUGUAUGAGUUGUUUUGCUAUGCGAGUGCUGGCACGGUGAAUGCAGGGGAAGACACCCAAAUCAUGAUUGUACUGGGAAAGGGCGUCAAUUCUGCACGUCUGGUGGCACCAUCUCAGUAACUCAGCAAGAACAAUUUGAUAAUGGUGAACUAGAUCACCCGCAGUUUGCGGCUAGGGUGGCUGGCGUGCGUUUCGAAAUAUGAAUCGACGCGAUGUGUUAGAGGUGUGGAAAUGAUUUGUAUUCUCAGCAAAUUUGUGAUAGACGAGCUGAAUCGUGAAUUGGCUCACGAACCGACCAUUUUGGCAUGAACCUGUGAGCUAAGUCUGCUCGUCAGGAGAAACGCCGCUUUGAGCCGUGGACUGAACCACUUUCUUCGCAAAUUUCAUGAGCUCAAGCGCGAUCUGGUGUUUUCUUAUAUUGCAUCAGCAAGCCAUGUGUCUCAACUUAAAAUGGUAACAUGAGGGAACACGGGA